AUUCAUCCUUCUCUAACUUCUCCCUACAUUCUCUCUCAUUUUUCCUUUACCUUCUUGGUGGCCAAACACCACACCCUUGCUCCACCCUUACACCACCACCUUAACCCACCAUCUCCACCACCGCCGGCCACCUUAUCUCGCCAGAAAAAGGGUCCGGUCGGCCACUCCUUAAAUCCAUCCAAAAAUAGCACAAUAGAAGUACCAACUUUAAAUUUUUCUUAAUCUUUUGAAGAAUCAAAGCAUGGGGUUUAUUUUCUUGAUGGAUUAGAGGCUUGUAAUUGGUAAGAAUCUUUCUCUAAAAGUUUAGUUUAAAGUUUUACAUAUUUUGAGUUAGAGAUGAUGAAUUUUUUUUGUAUUUUAGAUCUAUUAUUAUUUGGGAUUUGAUUGUUGAAUUUUAUACUCUCAAUUAGUUUCUAUGAAUGUUUUACAUGUUGAAAAAUGAUCAAUUUGAUGGUUGUUUUGGAGAUUAAGAUUUUGGGUUAAUCUAGGGUUUGAAUGUGAUGUAAAAAUUGGGGAUUUUGGUGUUAGGAAAUUUAUAUGUUGAAAUUGAUUUGAUAAAUGGUGGAUUUAGUAUUUCUAUGUUCUAUGGAGGAAUUUAUAAAUGAUUGAAGAGAUUUUACUAAAGUUGUUGAGUUUAUAAAAAAUGUUGAUUUUUGACUUUUGUAGUUAAUUGAUGGUGGUAUUGUGCAUAUGAAUUAAUUGGAUAUUUAAAAAGUUACUAACUCAAAGAUACACAAAGGAUUGGUGUUGUGGAGAUUGGAUAAGUUAUUUGUUUGGGUGACUUGAAAUUGGAAGAGUUCUUUAGCUUGUCAUUCCUUAGCAUAAUUUAUUUAGGAUCAUUUUUGUAGAUGUUGUAAUUUUUCAUUGAAAGAUUUUUCCUAAUUUUAGGUCCUAUCUUACUAAUUGUUAGGAUUGGAGGAAGGCGUCUCUACACCUCUUGGGAAUUAAUUUGUAGAGUCUCAAUCUACACUUUUGCUAUUUUUGGAGAUUCAUAGACUUUUGUGUGGCUUGCCUCAACUUGGAAGACUAGAAUUUUUUUUGAAGGAUCAAAGGUGGGCAUCUUGUAGUUGAUGUUUUGCUUAGGGUCAUUCUAGGAUGUAAGUUUACCCCCUUUUUUUUUUAUUUUUUUUUAUUUUUUAUUUUAUGAAGAAGGUUGAUUAUAAAUAAUUGCUCAUGAAGUUGGAUGUAUUGAUGGAUUCGUGAAUAGUAUGCAUUAUUUUUGGGGAGGAAAUGCUUGGGAACUAUCUUGUAGCAUGAUAAUACUUUUUUGUCUUUGAAUAGAUCAUCUCAUACAUGUUGGGCAAUUGAAAGGUCUUAUGCACUUUUGGUGAUGUGGUGAUGUGAUGUAAGGAUUAUACAGGAAUUGUGGUGUAAAUGUGCUAUAGCGUUUGAGGUGCACCCUCUUGGUGGGGUUUUGCCUUGCCAAGAUUGGGUCGUUACAAGAUGAGCAGACAGUUCAUAGUCUCAAUGGAUGCAGAGUGACUGAUCAAAUUUUGCGUUUGGUCCCAAAUAUUCAGAGCUUUCGUACUACACUGAGAUGUGUGACACUCUGGGCAAAGCGACGUGGGGUUUAUUCAAAUGUUUCAAGGUCUCCGAUAAUUUACUUCAUGAUGCUAGUAGCAAUCAAGAAACUUUAAUCUUUUGUUCUCAAACCCUCAGAAGCAAGGUACAACGAGAUUUUGAAGAGCUGCCUUCUGAAGCUUUUCGCCCGUUACGGGAUUUAUUAAAUAUUAGCCUUGCUGUGGCUGCAUUGGCUGUUCAUGUUCCUGCUAAAGAUUGGGGUGAUGGUGGCAUUGUAAAUUGGCUUAGAGAUGAGAUGAAUUCUCACCACGAAUGCCACAAGGUAUUAUGGUCGGUGGAAAAGGUGAUGUUUAUGUUUUUAGAUUGGGUGAUUGAAGAAUAUAAGAAGGUCCCUCAACAUCGAUCUCGAGAAAAUUCGAUUCAGAGAAUUUCUUUAGACUUCCAGAGAAAUUCUCUCAAGAAUUUCUCUUGGACUUCCAAGAGAAUUUAUCUCUAG